GUAAAUACAUCGUCGCAAAAGGAACUAAAAGAAGAAAACGGAAAAAAAUUAAUAUUUUUUUUUUAAAUACAACAAACACAACAGGAACACAAAAGUUAAAAUAAUAGAAGGAGUAACUUUUAAAGGAAAUUGAUAUUUCAUAAAUAAAUAAAUAUAAAACAAAACAUUAAGUGGAAACUAUUGAUUUUUCCUUUUGGACUGGAACUGUAUUAAAGAAACAACAAUGAGUGCUGCUAUCAAAUCAAGUGCUCGCCUGAAAAACAAACGUCGUCCCGGUGACCCAUGGAUAUCGAAAAAUCGUGUUCUUAAUGGUGGCACGGGUAAAUCUAAACGUAAUUGUCCCAUCUACCGAAAUCCCAAUUUCGAUACGGAUGAAACUAAAUUACUCAUACAAUUAUGGGGUGAUCCCAAAGUGCAACGUGAACUUAUAACCACCCACAAGAAACAUGUGGUAAUUUCUCAAUUGUCAGCCAAAAUGGAAGAAUAUGGUUACUAUCGUUCACCAGAAGAAAUCACUACACGUAUUAAGAACAUGAAGUGUUUCUAUAAUCGUUUGAAAAAGGAAUUGGAAUCGAAUAAGGGUAUGGACCCGUCAUGGCGUCACUAUGCCGAAAUGGAUGCCAUUAUGACAAGGCCGAUUUUCAGUGUAAGGCCGAAUGAAGUCCCGGCGCCAUCGUUAAAAUAUUUACUGGAACAAGAAAAGGAAAAACGUAUUGAACGCAAGCGCAAAGCAGAAGAAGAUGGUUCUUCGGUAUCCGAAAGUGAUGAUGAUAUAUCCGAUAUUUUGGCUGUAUCUAGUGCAGCUUCCAACACUUCUACAGCAACCGCAAAAGAAAAUGCAAACAAAGAAACAGAUGGAGCAGAUGGUGGAGAAUCUUGUACGGAAAUUGAAUUUGAAGCAGAUGAAAACUCGUGCAAUAAAGAUGAACCUUCAAAAGAAAAACGAAGAAAAUCCUCAGCUGAGGAAAAUGCACAAAAUAAAAAUGAAAUGACCGAAGCUGAAUUGGCUAUAAAAUUAGAAAUCGAAUCAGAACAAUUUCAAGAAUACCAAAGUAUAGAAGAGGAAACAGAUACAACUAAUAAAACAGCAAAUAACAAGAAAACAGACGAAACCAUAAAAACCAUAAAUAUAACAGAAGAUGAUGAUUUACUGGUGCCCAAAAUGGAGCCCAUAGAUGUGGAUGAAGUGUAUGAAAAACAAGGACAACAAAACACUCCUGCUCCACCUGCAAAACAAAAUUUCACUCAAUUGGCGGACAUUUUGAAACAACCAGCAAAAUCCCAAAAUAUAACAGUACCACAACCUACCAUGAUUAAAUUUUCCAUGCCUAACAACUCUAAUUCAUCCACGACAAUUUCUUCAGUUAGUAGCUCUUCUACCGGCACUACAUCUAAAAUUUCAGUUGUAUCUCCUACAAUAUUAAUGCCACCAUUGAUGUCAGCAAAGUCUAAUAUGGCAACAAAAACAGUCGACCAGAGACAAGUGCGUUUACCUGGCAAUUUGCAUGCCCUACUGGCGGCUUCGGGUUCAAGAACCACUGUUACUAAUGCUAAUGGCAUGAAAUUUUUGUUAGUCAAUGCAGCCGACCAAAGAGGUCCUCCUAUAACUACAUCUAAUUUGACAAGUACUAUACCUUUAACUGGUCCUAAUAGACCAAAUACGGCUAAUCAAACCGGUGUUAAAAUUAUACAAAAUGCAACACAAUUGCAACAGCAACCACAGCAGCAAAUUUCGUCACCACAACUGCAGCAACAACAGUUUCAGCAAAAACCUCAGCAGCAACAACAUAUACAACAACAGCAACAACAAAUACCCCAGAAAACUCAGCCCUUACAGCAACCACAACAAUCCCUCUUGAAACCUAGGGAAAUUCCAAAACGUUCAGAUGCGCGUCCGGAAUAUAGAGAGCAAUUAAAAAAACGGGAUCUUUUAGGCAUUAAAACCACCCUUCUAAAGAUGCUCAAAGUACAAGAGGAUGCCAAUGAAAUUCAAAAUGAACGUUUGGCCAUUGAACGUGAACGUUUACAAUUCGAACGAUCCCUGGCCGAUAGAUUUCUAAAUAUAUUCGAGCAAAAUCAAAAAAUUCAACAACAAAUGCAACAGCAACUACAACAACAGCAGCUAAUGCUACAGCAACAACAAUCACAACAUCAACAUAUACAAAUACAACAAAGACCAACGACGGCAACAUCUCAGGUCUUUGCUACUAACACAGGUAAUCAGACUACGGCAGUAACACCAAAUGGUCAGAUAAUGUUGCCACCAAAAUUACUAAUAACUACAAUGGUACCAACUUCAGCGGCUCAAGCUGCAACGGGUUCAUCCACUUCAAAGGUGUUGACCACAACGGGAUUCGCAAAUUUGUCACCUGCCACAAGUAGUGACAUACAGCUAGUGGUACCCAAGGAGGAGCCACAAAAUUAAAACAAUGUUUAAGAAUAUUUAAAUGGUCAAGGACAUUUUAGUUUAAGCUAGAGAUGAUGAUACUCGUAUUCUUUAAGGUUUAUUUUUACAUUUUGUAUAUAGCUUUUGUUAAUUUAAAGAAUUUAUUAAAUAAAUAGUAAUUAAACAUAUAGGAAAAUUAUUAUUUUUUGUUUUGCAAAGUUAAU